UCAUAUAUACUUUGCCCCAACACAGGCAGUCGCUGCCAAGCAAAGCAUAGUCUCUGUGUUUCAGAUCAUAUGGCUUCCGGCGACAAGUAUCCGUCUCCGAUGCCGGCUAGCGGCACACCAGUACCACCCGGCGAGCCGAUGACGGUGGGGCAGCACAUAUUGGAUGAAGGAGCAGCGAUGGUUCAGUCCCUGAAGCCCAUAAAGCAGAUGAACCAGCAUGUGUGUACCUUCGCCAUCUAUGCCCACGACAUGUCCCGCCAGAUCGAGACCCACCACUACGUCACCCGUCUCAACAAGGACUUCCUUCAGUGCGCCGUUUACGACUCCGACGACUCCACCGGCCGCCUUCUAGGAGUGGAGUACAUUGUAUCUGAUAGGAUAUUUGAUGCUCUGCCUCCGGAUGAGCAAAAGCUUUGGCAUUCCCAUGCUUACGAGGUCAAAUCGGGUCUCUGGGUGAAUCCUCGAAUUCCAGAAAUGGUAGCCAGACCAGAACUCGAAAAUCUGGCCAAAUCCUAUGGCAAAUUCUGGUGCACAUGGCAGAUUGACAGAGGUGAUGUGCUUCCAGUGGGUGCACCAGCCCUGAUGAUGUCACCUCAGGGGGUGAGCAUGGGGACGGUGAAGCCAGAACUGGUGCAGAAAAGAGACAACAAGUACAACAUAUCCACCGAAGCUUUGAGGAUGUCGAGGGUGGAGAUUGAUGAGCCAGAGUGGAUUAACCCCCAGGCUGACUACUGGAAACAGCAUGGCAAGGGCUUUGCCAUUGACAUUCACCCAACUGAAUUGAAGCUCAGGGCACCUUUUCCUUGAACACAAUAUAUCAACAAUGGAAAUACCGUACUCAAUGGCUUAAUACGACAUCUCUGCUUCUGCUUUUUUAUAAUUGUCCACUGUUCGUAUAUGUAAGAAUAUAAGCAUGCUUAGCAUUUUUAGUUAUUAUUUAUUAUGCUUUUUUUGUGUGUUCUGUUCUAGUAUAAGGUUUCUGGUGCUUUGUAAUUAUGCUUAAAUAUAUAUAUAUAUAUAUAUAUAUAUAUAUAUAAAGAAUAAGUUAUCAAGUA